AUGCUCGGACGCGUUGACGCAAAAUCACGUGCUUGUAUGUGUGCGACGUCAUGCACCGCGCAGGGCUCCUCCGACUGGAAUCCGACAUCACUGUCCUUCGAAUCUACGAGCAUGGGCGGCAUUCGAUCCCAAGCUUUGACACUGGUCUCGGCCAUUCUUUUACUCGGGACGAUAUACUCAGUUUUCCAGGAAACAUAUCUGGACACAUCCAAUCCAUUACUCACAUUCCUUCCUCACAAACUCUCCGAAACUCAUUACUUCGCCUCAAAAGCCAAUCCGUUAAACGUCUACUUCAUAAAACGGUCCUGGGGCUGGACAACGGCUGUAUUCCUCUUCUCUUACCUAACUUCUCCGCCUCAUCUUCGCACUAGUGCCAGAUUCUUCCAAUACUGCACUCUCACCAUCUGUUGGCUGCUUUUCACAAGCUGGUUUUUCGGCCCCGCUAUCAUUGACAGAAUCACGGUUUAUUCCGGCGCAGAAUGUGUAUACCAACUACCGACCGGAGAGAUUAACUCUGUUCCCUUGGACCUAUGCUACGAAAAGACGGUUAUCGCGCCUGAGACGCACCCCGCGCUCUUUGGAUCGGACUUCGUGGCGCCAGCCGGAUUGUCAUUCAAGCCGCGUUUGAGGAGAGGCCACGACGUGUCGGGACACGUGUUUCUGCUUACGAUGAGCAUACUUUUCCUAGCAGAGCAGUUGAAGACAUCGUUCAGCAUUAGGGGUCCCUGGCCACGCCUGCACAGCUGGGCUGUAGCAAGCAAUAUCGCACUUUUGUGCAUCUGGUUGCUUGGUUGCUAUACUACAAGCGUAUACUUCCACACGCCGUUUGAGAAACUGACAGGAUAUUUACUUGGAAUUUCUAGCUUUGGAGUUUCGCUACUGUUGCGAAACUUAUUUUUCAAAUCACCACAACCCUUACCUCAGCAACAGGUGAACAGGAAUGUCGAUUAA